AUGACGGAACCAACGUUAAAUUUUCAUAUUCAAACACAUCAGACACAAUUUAAAAUCCCUGUUGAACUAAUCAAGAAGAAUUUCAAAUCAAUACAAAAACUAAUUGAAAAACAAAAGAAGCAAUUGACUGAAGAUAUAAAUAAGAUUAAAAAGAUUAAGAAUUUAUCAAAUGAAUCAAAAUUGGAAUUAAUUCAAAAAUUAAUUAAAAAUUUCGAAAUUUUUAAUAAAAAAUUGAUCAAUUCAAUUAAAAAAGAUGAAGAAUUUAGAUCUCGAUUAAUUGCUAGAUUAGAGAAUUUACAAGAAUUGGAGAAGUUUGUUAUACAUCUGGAUGUUAAAACAAACAAGGAUAAGGAUAAGAAUAACGAUAAUAAUAAUAGUAGUAGUAAUGAUGAUGAUAAGAGUAAUGGUAAUAGUGAGAGCACUGAUGAAGGAGAUAAGGUGUUGGAUUUACAUAAUCCGAAUUUGAUCAAUUGGUAUAGAGAUGAAACUAAUUUAUUAAUUAUUGAUUAUUUAAUUAAAUCAAAUACCAGAAAUGAAGAAAAUGUUGGAUUAUUAUUAUUGAAGAGUUUAUCAGAAAGUAAUAAUGGGAAAUUAAUGAAAUUGAUUGAUUAUGAUUUAUUUGAAAAUUUCAAUAAAGUAUUUGUUUCAAUAAUUCAAAAUCAUGAUUUAACAUUGAUAAUUUCAUGGUUUAAUGAAAAUAGAAACGCUCUUAAAAAAAUCAAUUCAAAUUUAGAAUUUGAAAUCAAUUAUUGUAAAUUUUUAACAUUAAUUGAAAAUGGUGAUAUUAAUGAAGCUAUAAAUUAUUCAAGAGAACAUUUAUCAAGUUAUGGAAAUAAAGAAAAUUAUCCUGAUGAAAAAGAUAAUUUAAAUCAUUUAAUUAAUUUAGAAAGACUUAAAAGUUUAGGUGGAUUAUUGGUAUUUAGAUCAAUGGAACAACAACAAGAAGAAGACUUACAAAAUUCCAAUCAAUUGACAUUUUCAAAUAAAUUAAUGAUUAAUUCAAUACAAUUUAAAGAAUAUCAAAAAUUAUUAUCAAAUGAAAGAUGGGAAAGUUUAUCCCAAUGUUUUAUUGAAAAUUUCACCAAAUUAUAUGGUAUCACUAAAAAUUAUCCAAUUUAUAUUUAUCUUUCUGCUGGUUUAUCAAGUUUGAAAACUAAGUCAUGUUAUCAUAAUUCUGAAAAUACCAUUUUCAAAGAUUUAAAUACAUUAUCUUCAGAUAAUAUGGAUACGGAUAAACUACAAGACUUAUCUGAUGAAGAAAAUAUUGUAUUAUCAGAUAAGAAAUAUCGAGGUCCAAAUUAUUAUUAUCAACUUUUAAACAAGAUCAACAAUUGUCCUGUUUGUUCACCAGAAUUGUUUAAAUUAAGUCAGAAUCUACCAUAUGCUCAAUUAAUUACAAGUAUAUUUAAUAAUCCUUUCAAAUUACCUAAUGGGAAUAUUUAUCCAUUUGAUAAAUUACUAUCACCAAAUGAUAAAUAUUUACUGGAGAAGAAUACUUUAUUAAGAUUGAAUCAAAUUAAAGAUCCUUUAACUAAAGAAAUAUUUUCUAUAGAUAAUUGUAUAAGAGUCUUUCCAGCUUAG